AUGUCCUCUGAUAUUAAAAGAAAAUUAGCUGAAGAACUUCAUAAACCUGCUCGAAUACAUUUUAAAAGAAGACAUGUACUUACUAAAGGGAUAAAUGAUUUAUACCAGGCUGAUUUAGUAGAGAUGAUACCUUAUGCACGACAAAAUAGUGGUUAUCGUUAUAUACUCGUUGUAAUUGAUGUCUUUAGCAAAUAUGCAUGGGCUGUUCCGGUAAAGACUACAUCGGGUAAAGAUGUUACUAAAGCAAUGAAAAGUAGUUUAAAGGAUGCAAACGUACCAAAAAACCUUCAAACCGAUCAAGGAAAAGAGUUUUAUAAUAAAGUUUUUAUCUCACUUAUGAGUAAAUUAAUCAUUACUCUACGUUUAGCUCAUUAA